AUGAAUAUCGUCGAAUGGGCAUUUGGCAAGCGCAUGACGCCUGCCGAGCGACUGCGCAAACACCAGCGAUCUUUGGAAAAAACACAACGGGAACUCGAUCGCGAGAGAACGAAGUUGGAAAACCAGGAAAAGAAAUUGAUUCAGGAGAUUAAAAAGAGUGCAAAGAAUGGACAGAUGGGCGCGGCGAAGAUUCAGGCAAAGGAUUUGGUCAGGACGAGGAGAUAUGUGGAGAAGUUUUAUAGUAUGAGGACGCAGUUGCAGGCGAUUAGUUUGAGGAUACAGACGGUCCGAACAAACGAACAAAUGAUGCAAGCCAUGAAAGGUGCAACGGGUGUUCUAGGCAGCAUGAACCGCAGCAUGAAUCUCCCGGCGCUCCAAAGAAUCGCGAUGGAAUUCGAAAAGGAAAAUGAUAUUAUGGAUCAGCGACAAGAAAUGAUGGAUGAUGCGAUUGAUGAUGUCACGGGUCUGGAAGAUGAGGAGGAGGGCGAGGAAGUCGUCGAACAGGUUUUGGAGGAAAUUGGAAUCGAUUUGAAAGCGGCGAUGGGGGAGACGCCCCAGGGAUUGCAGAGUCAGACGGUGGCGGAGGGGAGGGUUGCUCAGGCUGUUGGGGGUGGUGGGGGGUUGGGGCGGCGGAUCCAGGGGAUGAUGAUUUGCAGGCGAGAUUCGAUAGUUUGA